AUUUGAAAAGGUUCCAGGUUCCAGGUCGGAAUUGUUUACCUGGUUGCCAUGGAGACCAGGGGUUUGAAGGGACCUCACGUCAGUUGGCCCUGCCAUUGCCUUCCUGGACGCCAAGAUGGGCAGAGGGCUCUCCAGGCAGCUCCAGCAGGGGCCGCCCCCCACAGAGGACGCUCCAGCCCAGGACCCUCCGCGCGCCCCCCUCAGGACGGCCUCACACACGUCAUGGUUCAGGAAGGUCAGGACGAGGCACCCACAUCGCCGCGUGGGCCCCGAAAACACAGAGGAUGUUCCUGUGGCUCCUCCAAGACCUCCCGAGCCACAAGGAACUUGCGCGGAGGAGCCCUCUCUCCAGACGCACAUCAAGCCACCAGGAACCUGCGCGGAGGAGCCCUCUCUCCAGACGCACAUCAAGCCACAAGGAACCUGCGCAGAGGAGCCCUCUCUCCAGACGCACAUCAAGCCACAAGGAACCUGUGCAGAGGAGCCCUCUCUACCGUCGCACAUCAUUGAAGUGAGGCCAGCGUCGAAGCAGCUUCCUCUCGGAGAAGAGCCUAACUCCGCCGCAGAAAAAAUUGCCCAAAGAGUUGGUGAGUGA